AUGCAGGUUCUUCCCAUCCCUUUAGACCCUGAUGAAUUUGAGGUGCCCAAGAUAUUAAGAAGAGCAGACAAGAAUGAUGAUGGAAAACUGUCCUUUGAUGAAUUCAAUGCUUACUUUGCUGAUGGAGUUCUGAGUGGAGAAGAACUGCAUGAACUUUUUCGCACCAUUGAUACACACAAUACUGACAAUCUUGACACAGAAGAGCUCUGUGAUUAUUUUUCAAAGCACUUAGGAGAGUAUGAAAAUGUUCUAUCUGUCUUGGAAGACUUAAACAUAACCAUACUGAAGGCAAUGGACAAAACAAAGAAAGUAACAAAAUCCAGUAAGAAAAUGCUUGUCAAAAUGGUUGUAUAUGAAAUCCUUAAAGACUAUCAGGAAGCUUACACUUUGGAGCAGUUUGUGACUCGCUUUCUUUUGAAGGAGACACUGAACCAGCUGCAGUCCCUCCAGAGAUCCCUGGAAACCACAGAGGAGCAGACCCAGCAGGAGAGAAAAGAUCCAACAAAACCAGAAGUGCCCUCAGUUCAGUGGCCAGGAAAACACUUAGCUCGAAGUCUUCAGAGGAACAACAGCCUGUCAUCAAAUAACCCUUACUCUAACCCAGGCUGGAUUUAGGAAGACAACCAAUGGGUGAUCCAGAUAAACAGACUCCAGAAGCUAAUUGAUAGACUGGAAAAGAAGGACGUAAAGCUUGAACCACUUGAAGAGGAAGUUUUGGAAGAAAAUGCAAGAUCUCACAUAAUGAUCGUUCAGCACCAGAUGUCUGUGAUAGAAGAAAACGUGGAGGAAUUCCGUCUUGCUCUGAAGUAAUACCUGGAAUCUGCGUCUGCUCAAGGUGGCUGCUUGCACGUAUCUGUAUGGAAGUUUCCAAGUAAUUUCCACUUCAUUGUUUAUGAGUUCUGGGAAAACAGCAAUGCCUGGAAUAGCCACCUUCAAAUAAGUUACAGUAAGACAUUCCAAAGAAGUAAAGUGGAUUUCUUGGAAGCUCCAGAGCUUAUCACAACAAUGCUAGUCUCUGCAUCGUGGUGGGUCCUCAAUAACAACUAGAAGCUGUGGUUCCAAGUAAUGUUAAUGUUGUAUUGUCUUUCAUUACACUAACAUAUUGCAGUGUACAGGUGAAAUUAUGAUGUAAUAACGUUUGUUAUUACAGAUGGCAUCUUUUCCACUUUAUCCAUUCUAAAAUCUGGAAAACUGUGCAUUUAUUACCUUUUCUUCUUGUGACUAGUUCAGUGAAAUGAUGCAUUCUAAAAACUGAAAUAAGACAACUAUGAUAAACUAUUUAUUUUUGUGACAGUCUAGACUGUCACAGAAAAGUAUGUCUUGAAUGUAUGACUAAAUAUUUGUGAAAAGUUUUAUUAAUGCACUAAUAAACAACCAUUACUUAA